UGGAUGGCCGGAGCAGUCAGGAGGCUGCACGGGAGGGAGACAGAUAAGACAUCGCUCUCGCUUUUUGCUCUUUCUUUCUCUGGCUUUUUCUCCUGCGUGCGUCCCGCUCUGCGAGGAACGGAGCAAAGAGAGGAGGGAGGCAAGGAGGGAGACGCAUCCGAGUGAGUGGGCACACCAAGGCUACACUUCUCCCAGAUAUGCAACCUGCAAGACGCCGCGUCGCCUGCGACCUGCGCUACUGACACCCAGGGAGAGACCCAGAGGAAGGAGGCAACACCGGGGUUGGAUGCACAGUAGCGGUUCGGGAAGGGACUACACAAAAGAAAACAGAGCGGAAGCGUGUUUUUGCGCACUAGUCAAAAAGAGACGCUGUUUUUCUUUCGUUCAUUCUUUCUUUUUUUUUUUCUUCUUUCUGUGGCCCGGAGUGCCUGCAAUUUUGUUUGACAAAAUACGGAUUAAUCUGUGGCUGUAAUUUCCUGGAAGAAAUAACUGGUGCACACAACAGAUUGGCAAAAGAGAGAAGUGUAAAUCGGAUUCCAUACGUUUGUGAUUGGAUGUGAAAACACUUUGACCCUUCAAAAUUGAAGAUGAUGUUGCUAUGGAAACUCCUGCUGCUGCAGUCACUUAUGGGGUGCCUGGCAGAGAGCAGCGUCCUGCAGAGUCCUGUUUUCACCAAGCAGCCAGGCAGCAUCGUGUAUCCUGUGGAGACGGUGGGGAACAACAGGGAGGUGGUGUUCAGCUGUGAGGCCCAGGGAAACCCAACACCCACGUACCGGUGGAAACUGAACGGUACAGAAGUAAUUCCCAAAGCUGGAUCUCACUACAGCCUUUCUGGAGGCAACCUCAGAAUCAACCGUCUGAACAAAGACCAAGACGCUGGAACAUAUCAGUGCCUAGCCUCCAACUCCUUCGGGACCAUAGUCAGCCGAGAGGCCAGUCUAACCUUUGCAUUCUUGGAGAACUUCAAGACUCAAAGAAGAAGUUCUGUCUCAGUACGUGAAGGUCAAGGAGUGGUUCUGCUGUGCGGCCCUCCUCCACAUUCUGGAGAUCUGAUCUUUUCUUGGAUCUUCAAUGAGUACCCAACGUUUGUGAAGCAGGACACUCGCCGGUUCAUCUCACAGGAGACGGGGAAUCUGUAUAUUGCCAAGGUGGAGCCUUCAGAUGUUGGAAACUACACCUGUGUGGUGACCAACACGGUCACGAAGACCCGUGUCCAGGGCCCGCCCACUCCGCUGGUGCUCCGCAGUGAUGGUGUUAUGGGUGAAUAUGAGCCAAAAAUUGAAGUUCAGUUUCCAGAAGUUGUCCAUGUUGCCAAAGGAUCCAGUAUAAAACUGGAAUGCUUCGCUCUUGGAAACCCUGCACCCUCCAUCAGCUGGAGGAGAGUGGAUGGUGUACCUUUCCCCAGGAAAGUGGACUUGAGGAAGGCCAGUGGUGUCCUGGAAAUCCCAUAUUUCCAACAGGAGGAUGCUGGCACAUAUGAGUGUGUGGCCGAAAACUCCAGGGGGAAGAACACGGUGAAAGGAAAGCUCUCUUUCUACGCUCCACCUCAUCUAAUUGAGAAACCCCAAGAUGUCCAAAAGCUCAUCGAUGACUCACUGGUGUGGGAGUGCAAAGCCACUGGAAAACCAAAACCCUCAUACAGAUGGAUGAAGAAUGGAGAAAACCUGGAGUCUGCAGAGGAGCGCUUACAGGUUGCCAAUGGGAUUCUGUCAAUCAGUCGGCUAACCCUGUCUGACACCGGAAUGUACCAGUGUGUGGCGGGGAAUAAGCACGGAGAGGUCUACUCCAAUGCAGAGCUCCGAGUCAUAGCUGUUGCCCCGGAUUUUUCUCACAAUCAACUAAAGAGUCAGACGCUGGUGAAAGUAGGAGGAGACAUCCUCAUUGAGUGCAAGCCCAUGAUGUCUCCUUGGGGUGUGAUCUCGUGGCGGAAGGGAAGUGAACCUCUCCAUGGGAGCACCAGGGUCUCCAUCCUGGACAACGGCAGCCUUCGGAUAUGGAAUGUGACCAAAUUGGAUGCUGGUCUCUACACCUGCAUGGCAAGAAACCAGUUUGGAGUAGCAAGUAGCACAGGAAGUGUUACAGUUAAAGAGCCGACCAUCAUUACUACACAGCCCACAACUCUGGACAUCACUGUUGGUGAGAGUGUGGUCCUGCCAUGUCAGGUGAGCCAUGACCCUUCACUGGAGCUAAAGUUCACCUGGUUCUUCAACGAGCAGCUCAUCCACUUCGGGAGCAAUGGCGGAUUCUUUGAAAAAGUUGGAGGCCAGCACUCGGCGGGAGACAUUAUGAUUCGGAACAUCCAGCUGGGGCACGCGGGGAAAUACACAUGCGCUGUGCAGACCAAGGUGGACAGCAUCUCCAUAGCAGUGGAUCUUGUUGUCCGAGGUCCCCCAGGGCCCCCAACCAGCAUCCAAGUGGAAGAAAUCACUGAUACCACCGCCUCUCUGUCCUGGAGGCCUGGUCCCGAUAAUCACAGUCCAAUUACUGCAUACACCAUCCAGGCCAGGACACCAUUUUCCCUGGGGUGGCAGGCUGUCACCACAGUUCCUGAGGUGGUUGGGGGCCACCAGCUGACAGCUACCGUAAUAGACCUAAGCCCUUGGGUUGAGUACGAGUUCCGAGUCCUGGCAAGCAACAGAGUUGGGAACGGCGAGCCCAGCAAGCCAUCCAAACAAGCAAGGACGAAGAGCACCACUCCGAAGGUCACACCGGCUAAUGUGAGCGGAGGAGGAGGCAGUCGCUCCGAAUUAGUCAUCACAUGGGAGCCUGUUCCAGAGGAGCUGCAGAAUGGACCAGGGUUCGGCUACGUGGUGGCUUUCCGACCCCAUGGUGCCACGGGCUGGAUGCAGGCAGCCGUGCCGUCCCCAGAGACAUCCAGAUAUGUUUUUAAAAACGAGAGCAUCCAGCCUUUCUCGCCUUUCCACGUAAAGGUCGGAGUUUACAACAACGAGGGGGAGGGGCCGUUUGGACCUGUUGCCACGAUCUAUUCCGCUGAGGAAGAGCCUGGCCGAGCUCCCACUCGGAUCCGUGGUAAGAGCCUCUCUGCAUCCGAGAUUGAGGUGUCGUGGAAAGCUCUGCCCUGGAACGCCAGCAAGCGGAGGGUGCUGGGCUAUGAGCUGAGGUACUGGAGUAGAAGCGAAAAGGAGGAGACGGCCAGUGUGCAGAGGACCACAGGGAAUCAGACGUCCACCGUCAUCGGCGGGUUGAGAGGCAGCACAGCGUAUUACAUCUCAGUGAGGGCCUACAACACGGCUGGAACGGGGCCUGCGAGCACCACGGUCAACAUGACCACCAAAAAACCACCUCCCAGCCAACCUCCAGUUAAAGUCAAGUGGAAUACAUCGAACUCUAAGAUUAUCCUGAACUGGGAGCAUGUCAAAGCCCUGGAGAACGAGUCAGAAGUGACUGGUUACAAAGUGCUAUACAAGCAGAACCGACACAGCCGGCCCAGCGUCAUGGAAACUAACACCACCUCAGUGGAGCUCGCGCUUCCCACUGACGAGGAUUAUAUCAUCCAGAUUAAGCCCUUUGGAGAGGGAGGGGACGGCAGCAGCAGCAAGCAGAUCACCAUCCCGAAGAUACCAGGCCCCAACGCGGUGGGCUCGGCCUCCAAAGUUUCCACGUUGUCGGCCCUCAGCACAAUAGCCCUGUCUUUCACAGCACGGACAUCUUUAUGACAAACAGCUCCCAGCAGAAGUUGCAUCUGAUGUGGACACAGCUCUCGGGCAGAAACGCAAACACAGGCCACUCCGAUGUAACUAGAUCCAUUCAUUUAGAUUUUACUGGCAGAGGGAAGACACUGAGGGUAAAAAUUUUACAACAUGCCAUGGAGAGGACAAAUAAGGAGUUCCUGUCAGCUACGCAAGCCAGGUGCAGAUUGACCGAUGUCGUGACUAUGUUGUUACCAAAGCAGCUUUCAUAAAAGAAACAUAAAGAAAAAAGUCUUAUAUGCAUCUUUUUGUAUGACAUGUUGAGCUUUUAUAGAUUUUGUUUUGUUAUCUUAAAGGGUUAGACGAUAGCCUUGGCUUCAGUGGUGAGAACAGUUCAAUGCAUGAAAAUGUCAUUGUCCAGUUUUACAGUUUGAAGGUAAAGAAUAUGAUACAACAGCUCGUUGUCUGUCUUUUAAUAUGGGGUGCAACUUGUUACUUUGAAAUCUUUGCAUUUUAAUUUAUGUUCUAUAAUCUUUUUUAUUAAGAAAGAACACCCUCUGUCAGUACAAGCACUGGAGCUGGUCUGGAUCAGCUGUACAAAAUAUCAUCCCAGCUUCCACUAUUUAAAAAACAAAAAUAAACUCAAGAUGGAAAAAUUGUAAAAAAAAAAAAAAAAAAAAAAUGAUAGCUUCAAAACCAUAGAUACAUACAAAUACAGAAAGCUCUUGAAUUUAAAUUGGGUGUACUUUCUUUUUUCAAAGACUGUAUAUAAACAUUUUACCCAAUUCACAUUGUGGGUUCAGGUGUCACCUUUUAAAUGUAAAGGGAGGAGUAGCAUCAGAUUGGCAAUGCUAAUGCUUUAGCGUCUUAAAAACAUUAGCAAGGCACAAAAAAGCUAAUGAUAGCUUGUCUUCACAGUGGGAUCAAACUAUUUCAGUAUGUUUUCAACUUGCUGCUAUUGCAGAGUAAAAACAUAAAAUGAACAGUGAUUCCUCAGUUAUUGUUAUACUCUGAUGACAAGAGAACAUUAGACCAUAAAACUCUGCCCAAACAUGUCUAUUGAUCAAAAGACACAAGGUAACUUAGCUAAGUUCAAGAUGGGCCUUCAGAAGCCCAUCUUGAACUUACAUGUAGUCUUGAGUUCUGAGGGGUUCUGAAAAGAUGUGUGCUACAGAUUAUUAUUAAUGUGACUUGGUUAACUCAAGCACAUUUUGUUAAACACCUGGUAAACAAGAAAAAUACACACUCAAAACCACUAAAAGUUAGUCUUUGAGCUUAACUUAGAGGACAACAAUGGCUGUUUGCUGAACCUUUUGUCUUUCAUCUGUCAUUUAUUGCUACCUGUCUUUGAAAUGAGUGACAGAACCAUAAGAUUAUGCAUUUCAAAGUUAGAUGCCACGGUGUGUACCAAACAUACAUCAAAACUGGUUUGGGAGCGGAUGUUAUAGACUUGGCUUCUGGAAGGGCCCUGACCUCAAUUUUGUUAAACAUAUGUGGACUAUGUUUUAAACCUGAUUCUGUGCCAAGAAACUAACCGAUUUAAAUGAGCUUUCUACCAUUUCUGUUAGGAAGAAUGGUCCAAUAUGAAGCCAUAAUAAUGAAUAAAAAAAAGAAAUUAGUGCCUGGCUUUAACAAUAUUGUUUAUUUGAUAUAUUUUUAACAGUUUAUUUGAUAUAAUAACUCUGCUGUUAGAGGAGACUCUCAUCACUUCGGCAGGUAGUUAUUCAGUGUGUGCUUUCAGAUUGCUAAACUAAUGUAGAUAAAAAUGUCCCAGACCACCUAAAAUUGUUCUGAGGGAUAUCAUCCUCAAAACAUCUUCAUUGCAUUUACAUUCGGCUUAAUCGUCAUGCAGGUGUGAUGAGAUAGUUUUGGACCGUUGUCAAUGCCAGAUCUGAAGCUUACAGCUAUAGCUAAGCUAUAGUUCCAUCAAAGUGGAGGCUUGGGUGAGAUAUUGGUUGGGCAUGGCCACUUAACAGAACCCCACUUCAGAAACCCACUUUAAAAUACUAUUCCUUUUUAAGUUUUUGGUGUCUAGGUUAUGAAUGUCUACAGGAUUGCAUUCAUGACUUUAACCUGUGACUUAAAGCAGCUCCCCUAAGAUUUAAACAUAACUUUAACUCUGAUGUCUAAACAGUUAAAAGGCUAAGAGUGAGACUGUUGAGGCAUGUCAGUUUUGUGCCCUGCAGCCACUGAAUCUCUUCAGAUGUUUUUUUUCUUUUUCAUUCCAAACCUUCAUGUGUUUGUUUCCACUGUCCUGCAGAAGAGUUGUUUGUAAGAUAAUGUUGUUGUACAUAGACAAAGGUUUUAGCAGCCCAAAUUUGCUUGCAGUGGACAUUAGCCUUUUUUUAAAUUAACAUUGAACAGACCAUUUGAGGAUGAAAGUUUAAUGCAUUAUGCAUCCCUAAGUUAUCAAAUAAUUAUUAGCUGAAUUAAUCAAAAAAUAGGUUGAGCUGCCAUAAUUUGGAGCCCAUCCAAGCAUUAAGCAUGCAGAUAGGACAUUGGUCAAGGCUGCACACUUUAUCAAUCCACCUCAUCAGCUGCGACGUAUCAGUCUUUCUACGUCUACUAAGGAUGGUGUAAACAUUUUUGCAUUUCAUGUCAGCUUGUCACUUAGGCAACUGCUUGGAGAACAGCAUGUUUCUGUGCUUUUCCAGGUGUUGUACUUGUUAGGAAACUUUUCCCAAGGACAGCCAAUCAGCCUAUCAGGAGGAGUGAUAUAGCCAGAAGCCUGAGCCAACAUAAUUUUCUCUGAGAAAACAGCAACAAACGUAAUAGUGGUCUCUAGCCAAAUCAUAUAUGGUUAAUAUCUGCUUAUAUUAGCAUUGUAUACCACAAAUCAGAGCCAUUUUUAGUGUGACUUGCUAAUACAGUUAAAAACAGGGGCUCAUAUCUGAUUAGCUGUUAGGCUUCCAUCCCAUGAGGAUUUCUUCUCUGUCCAACAAACUUACUAUGAUAUGACUUCUGUCUACUAGAGGUAAAGGCACUGUUAUUCAUAAGUACACAAAGAUUAUUUUAAGAAAUCUGCUUAGAUGGACACUAGAGGCUAAAGCAUUAGUACAUUUUUGAUGCUCAUCCUCUCCAAGCUAAGUCAAACACCAGAAACCCAAUUAAGUGCUUAAACAAAUUCUAUGACAUAGGCUGGAAAAGCUUGUUGUAGAGGGUCUCUCUCCUGGGGUUCUCCACCUUGGCCCCUGAACUCCACUGAUUGCAGGACCCUCAUGGCUGUCUCUCAUGCCCCUCAUUCUUUCAGUUAGCCCUGUGUCUAGAGAUAUUCUUUGCCUUUUGUGUGCCUCAUCAUAUGUUCAAAAUCCUCAGGUCCUUAAAGAGCCUUAACUAAUUGCGUGUAUAUAAAAAAACACAUAGAAGCAUAGAACUUGAAAGCAGCAGUGGCAGCAGUGUUCAAACGCUUUUGGAAUGAUAUCAAACAAUAUUAGGUUUGGGGGAGAAAGGAGGAGACAACAUCUUUUGCAAACGUUAGAGGUUUUGAACAGCAUUCUGCUGUUUAACUGGGGAAAUUGGCAGUUUAUGAGGUGUAGUGCAUUUCUGUGGGGGGAUGUUCCUCAUAUGACAUAUGCUGCUGAUCUUUUCCUUUUUCUAUAGUUUCCUGAUGCCAUGUGGGACUGCUGUGCCACCUGGACUACGUUGCAGUCUCAUUGUUCCUUGUAAUCCAGUUAAGUAGUGUGUAGUACUUUGAAGGGAAGCGUACUGUAGGCUACUGGGGAUCAUGCAUCAAGAAAUGUGUAAUAUACUGUUUUGUACACUUCAGAUCAUUUAUAUGAAAAGAAACCUUUCUAAAGAGAUGAUUUACUCGCUUUUUAUGUAAACGACUCUGUUUCAUACUGUAGUUAACUGUUGCUCAGCAUGACUGUACUUGUCUCUCUACUGUACACCUGCAAAGCGACUGAAUGGCUUUAGGAAUAUGUGAGGUCCAUGCAUCCGGUAGGCUUCUGUAUACCGAACCAUUAACAGCCCUGUGUCUAUGCUUCUGUCUAAGUCAGCCCUUCAGAGAUGUACUGCUUCGACUGUCCGUAUACGCUCCGCAGGAGGCGUCCCUCUGUUGCUGUUUGUUGUUUAUACUGUGUGAAUAAAGAUAACUGAUUUAUAGAAUAA